AUGGGCGAUGCGGCUGCCCUACAAUACGCUGAUUCAGUACCCUUUAUCAAGCUUUUUGGCACAUGUCAAUCUCAAUUUAUCACUUCAGAUGCGCUAUGUCUUGGCGCUAUGUGGGGGAAGGAACGAGCAGUGAAAAUGCUUAAAGAAGCAGGAUUCAAUGAUGUCAGCGUAAUGCCAACACCCUACUUUGAGACGAACAUUCUUUACGUGUGCAAGAAAGACUAG